AUGAGGCCGGCCAGAGAUGCCCUGCCAGGGCCGCGAGCCUUCUCAUGGCGGACCACGUUGCUCGUGGCCGUCCUGCUUUGGCAGGUCUUGAUGGCCACCACCGUCGAGGCCAAGAAGGACAAGCCCACCAUCACCGUCACCGACUUCGACCGGUUUCCCGUGAACCUCAACUACUUCCCCGACUCCGACAUCGUCCUCUUCCAGGACCAGAGUGCCGGCACCAUAUACCGAUCCGCCGACGCCGGAGCGACAUGGAAGAAGGUGGACCAGAUCCCCGACGGCAAGGCGGCUGCCUUGGUCAUGCACGAGUACGACCAGAACCGGGCCUACGUCCUGACCAAGGGCAUGCACCAUUGGAGGACACACAACCGCGGCGAGACGUGGGAGACCUUCUUCACCGAUGCCGAGCUGAACAUUUUCCGCAACGACUGGAUGGUCUUCCAUGCCACGAACCCCGACCACAUCCUGUUCUACGGCAUUGACUGUGAGAGCAUCUUCUGCGACGAGGUCGUCAUGUACACAAAGGACGGCUUCGAGUCGGAAGCCGAGUUCCUCCGGGGCAUGACCGACAGCUGUUGGUGGGCCAAGUCAUCACCACUGUUUGCUACUGGCGACGACGAGCUCGACAACAACAGGGUUCUGUGCAUUGUCAAAGGCAACUUCUCCCCCCUGAAGGAGGACAACCGGCUGUUGAUCUCGGACAACUUUUUCAGCGCAAAGGGUGCGGAUGGCGUCGUGCAAGAGUUUGAGCCAAACCUCAACGGCAUUGGACCUGUCCAAGGAGUUGUCAACCUGGCCGUGGUGAAGAAGUACAUGUUGAUCGCUACGGCCUCGAAGAACACGGACGAGAUGGCAUUGUACGUCACGGACGACACCCUGAAAUGGCACCGGGCCGUCUUCCCCAGCGACCACCGCAUCAACGAGGCGGCCUACACUGUCUUGGAGGGCACCAACUACAGCAUCCAGAUCGAUGUCAUGAACGCACGCCCUUCCAACCCCAUGGGUGUCAUGCUUACUAGCAACUCCAACGGUACUUACUUUACCAAGAACGUCGAGCACACGAAUCGGAACAUGAUGGGCCACGUUGAUUUCGAGAAGAUCACAGGUGUGCAAGGAAUUUUUCUGAUAAACCAAGUUGAUAACUGGGAGGACGUCCAACAGGACUCCAAGGCCAAGAAAAAGCUCAAGACGAAGAUUACUUUUGACGACGGUAGAACCUUUGAAAAGGUGCACUCGGACGAUAAGACGAUCCACCUCCACUCCGUCACCGAGCUCAAUAACGUUGGGCGGGUGUUUUCGAGUCCUGCCCCGGGUCUUGUCAUGGGCAACGGCAACACUGGUGAUUACUUGGAGGCAUAUGACGACGCUAACCUCUACGUGUCCGACGAUGCUGGCCGGACUUGGGCCAAAGGUCCGGACGGCCCCCAUAAAUUCGAGUUUGGUGACCAAGGUUCCAUUUUGCUGGCGGUCAGGGAUGUGAAGUCUCCUGAGGUCACGGAAUUGAAGUACUCGUUGAACCACGGGAAGUCGUGGGACCCUUUGGAGCUGCCAGACAGCCUCAAGGUCCGCCCUUGGGUUCUGACCACCACCCAAGACUCGACCAGCCUGAAAUUUAUCCUCACUGCAGAAUCGAAGUCGAAAUAUCACGUGAUCUCGAUCGACUUCGACGGUCUUCAUGAGGCCACUUGCAAGGAAAGCGAUAUGGAGGAUUGGAUUGCGCGCGUCGACGACAAGAAUAAGGCAAGCUGCCUCAUGGGACACACUCAAACAUACCACCGUCGCAAGAAGGAGGCCAAAUGUUUUGUCAACCAAGUCUUCAAGGACCCUGUUCCGAUCUCCGUGCCUUGCGACUGUUCUGCCGAUGACUUUGAGUGCGAUUUCAACUUCGUCAAGAAGGACGGCAAAUGCGAGAAGGUGGGACCAGUAAUCCCGCCCGAGGGUGCUUGCAAGAAGGGCGAUCCCGAGGAGACUUUCAUGGGGUCCAGUGGCUGGCGACUUAUCCCUGGCGAUGACUGCAAGCGAACCGGCAAGGACAGCGAGCAGAAGGACGCCUUGAAAGAAUGGAAAUGUAAGGAUGCGGCAAGCGCACCCGGCGGAGGGGAAGCCAGCGGCAAGAUUUCCCACAAGCAAAACCCAAUCAAGGGUGACUUCAGCCUUUUCGAGAAGCACUACCUGGAGCGAGGUGAUACCAAUCUUGGUGAUGACGAAACUAUCAUCAUGCGACCGUAUACACUCUCGCCCUACCGGCAAGGAGAUAUCAUGGUCUCACAAGACCACGGCAAAAGUUGGGAUACUCCCAAGACACUCGCGGAUGCGGAUAUCCUUUACAUGAACUCUCACCAAUACUCCAAGGACAGGGUGUUCUUUAUCACCAAAAAGGGCAAAAUUAUCUACAGUAUUGACAGAGGCCAGAACUUUUUCUCGUUCACUGCACCAGACCCUCCGAACCUCGAGCGCCUGGGUUCGCCUUGGUCCUUCCAUCCCGACAGAAAAGAUUGGUUGAUCUGGCACGGCAAACGGUGCUCUGAUGGUGGCGCUUGUUACGACGUAGCUUCAGUUUCCAGAGACCGUGGAGACAACUGGGAGACAUUGGCUCGUUUUGUUGCUCGGUGUGAGUUCACUGGCUCGCAAGCCUACAAAGGUUAUGGGAGACCUGAGAAGCAGGUCACUUGUCUCAGAAAGGCGCGGGAAGAUGACAAACAAGACAACCCAUACGAGCUGGUUUACACGGACGAUUUUAUCGAAGACAAGGGCAACAUGAAGCUCGUCCACACAAACGUCAAAGACUUCGCAACAAUGGCAGAGUUCAUCGUGGUUGCAACGGAAAACCAAACGGCACAGACCCUUCACGCAUGGGCCAGUGUUGAUGGUCAGAAGUAUGCGGCUGCACACUGGCCCCACAAGUUUGAAGUUGGCAAAGAGACACUGUAUACAGUUCUCGACAGCUCAACGCAUGCUGUCAAUCUAUUUGUCGAGGUCGACAACAUGCGCGGCUACGGAUCCAUCCUGAAGAGCAACUCUAACGGCACAUCUUAUGUGCUUAGCGUUCCCAACGUGAAUGUUGAUAAGCAGGGUUAUGUGGACUUUGAGAGAAUGCUGGGCAUUCAGGGGGUUGCCGUUGUCAACAGUGUUGAGAACCCGAACAGUGAUUCUGAACCCAAGAAAUUGCAGACUCGAAUCACACACAAUGACGGUGCUGAGUGGGCCUUUUUGCCAACUCCAAAGAAGGACGGCAAGAACGACUUCGGUUGCUACAGCACCCAAGGCGAUGAAAAUUGUGCUCUGCAUAUCCACGGAUACACUGAGCGCGUGGAUCGCGGGAAGACAUACUCCUCGGAGAGUGCGGUCGGCAUCAUGUUCGGCUGGGGCAACGUUGGCGCAAUCCUAGGAGAUAUCAAAGACGCCGACACCUUCAUGACCACCGACGCCGGACUCAGCUGGAAGUUGGCACAGAAGGGCAAGUGGACCUGGUCUUUCGGCGAUCAAGGCUCCAUCAUUAUACUGGCUCAGCGGGAAAGCAAGACCAAGUCCAUCAAGUACACGGUGGAUGAAGGUGAAAGCUGGCAGGACUACACCUUUUCGGACUCGGAUGUUGUGAUCACCGACAUUACGACCCUCCGCUCCGGUGCUUCACGCAAUUUCCUGCUUUGGGGCCAUGAGGGCGACAAGCUGUUCACUAUCAAUAUCGACUUCACUGGCCUGACUAACCAGGAAUGCAAAUUCGACAAGGACGACUUGUCCAAGUCGGACUAUAACCUGUGGACCCCACGUCAUCCGAAGCAACCAGAUGGGUGCCUCUUCGGUCACCAGGCUCAGUACCUACGCAAGAAGACGGAUAGAAAGUGCUUUAAUGCGCAGAAAUUGCAGCACCUCUGGGGCUUCGAUAACUGCACUUGUACACGCCAGGACUACGAAUGCGACUUUAACUACGAAAUGGACGAGCAUGGUCAAUGCAAGCUGGUGGAAGGUUACCAGCCUGUAUCUCUAGAGCAGUACUGCAAAGAGAACCCUGAUGCCAUUGAGUUUUACGAGCCAUCUGGCUACCGCCGUAUUCCGCUCACCACCUGUUCUGGAGGUGACAAGGAAAUGGACAAGAUGCUGACUGUUCACCCGUGUCCUGGUAAAGAGGAAGAAUUCGAGAGGGCUCACGGCGUCUCUGGUGUUGCCAUCUUCUUUGCCAUCAUCAUCCCCAUCGGCAUCGCGGGUGCGAUAGGCUGGUGGGUCUGGCGCAACUGGACUGGCAAGUUCGGCCAAAUCCGGCUCGGCGACCAGGGGAGCACGUUCGACAGCGACUCGCCGCUGGUCAAGUACCCUGUAGUGGCCGUCUCGGCCGUCGUGGCUGUAGUUGCUACGCUCCCUCUCGUCGCCUCGAGCAUCUGGCGAGCCGGCUCCUCGUUGUUCGAGAGGUUCACUGGCAGGGGCGGCGCCGAGUACAGCUGGUUGGGCGGCAGCGGGCCCAGGAGGUUUACGACACGGGACAGCUUUGCGCGUGGGAGAGCCGACUACGCUAUUGUGGACGAGGACGAAGGGGAGCUGCUGGGAGAGGACAGCGACGAAGAGGUAUAA